UGACAGUCUACCAUGGAGAAAAUUUCGCACGUCGGUGCAGCGGAGAAAGUGAAUUUUCGAACAAAUUGUACUGCAGACCGGCGAAUGUAGAUCCUGCCCGCAAGUGUAUUUGUAAAAUAAAAAAAAAACGCAUUAAUCAUGUCGAUGGUAAAAGUGUUACAAUUUGUUAACGGGCUCAAGUCCCGCAACAAGGAUGUGCAAAACAAAGCGAUCAAGGAUCUGUCGCUGUACGUCAAGACAGAACUUCGCGAAACUCCGGACGAUAUGUUUUUCGAGGAUUUUAAUCAUCAUAUCUUCGAGAUGCUCACCAGCCCGGAUAACAACGAAAAGAAGGGAGGAAUAUUGGCCAUUGAGUGCCUCAUCAACGGCGACGUCGUGAAUACAACGAACAAAAUUUCCCGAUACUCGAAUAAUCUACGGAAUUUGUUGCCCGUUAGCGACGUUUGCGUGAUGGAGCUGGCUGCGAAGGUGCUAGUAAAGUUGGCCCUUUUGCCCGGCUCAAACGGUGCCAGUUCGUUCGAAUUCGACAUCAAACGUGCGCUCGAAUGGCUGUCGGAGGACCGAGUAGAAAACAAGCGACAGGCCGCGGUGCUGGUGUUGCGCGAGUUAGCUGUUGCAAUGCCAACUUUUUUUUACCAACAAGUCGGAAGCUUCUUUGAUCAUAUAUUCGUCGCAAUAAAGGAUCCCAAGGCGGCCAUCCGGGAAGGAGCUGGUCAAGCACUGAGGGCAGUGCUCAUCCUAACGUCGCAACGUGAAGGAACGAAGCAAAACAAUAAUACCCAGUGGCAUAUGAAUUGCUACGAUCAGGCAUUCGAAUGCCUGCGGGAUACGGUGGGCCGCGAAAAGAAUUUAAACCGCGAUGAUCGUGUACAUGGUGCGCUGAUUGUUUUCAAAGAAAUUCUGCGCUGUUCGCACGCGGCUUGGGAGAAAAAGUACGUGCAGCUUGAUAGUUUAAACGUCGAUCAGAAAUGUUCGAUUCGUGGCCAGCGUGAAGACGAUGGGCGUGGAUUCCUGCCACGUAUCCGUGUGCCCUUCAUGGAGAAACUCGGCAACCAUUCGGGGCACGGUUCUGUUAGCUACAGCUCGCGCUAUUACGAUGUCGUGACGGAUCUAAAGUUUUUCCGCCAGAACAACAGUGUGCAGGAGUCGGCACUGUACAGAGCGUUGGUGAGGGAAAAGUACGAUACCAUUUGCCAGGCGGUGCUAGAUCAGCGUAGUUCGAAGUCUCCGUACGUUAUUCAAACCCUGUUAGCCAUUUUCCCCCGCUUGGCAGCGUUCAAUCGGGAGGAGUUUGUGAGGCUUCAUCUGCGCACAGUGGUUAACUACUUGCUAACGUUACUGCGCAGCAAGGAAAAGGAACGCAAUGCUGCAUUUAUAUCGCUCGGCUACAUUGCUGUGGCGGUGGAGAAGGAAAUCGAGCCAAACACGAAACGCAUCAUGGAGUUGAUUAGCAGCGCCCUCCCACCGAAGGAUACGCCGAGCAAGCGGAAAACCACAGUCGAUCCGUCGGUGUUCAUGUGUGUUAUGCUGCUAGGGCACGCUUUAAAAGGUGGCAUAACCCAUGAAAUCAAGGAAAUUAUAGCCCCCAUGCUGUCAACCGGCUUAAGCCCGGCGUUGAUAGUUUGCCUAAGGGAGCUGUGCGAAACAGUGCCGCAAGCACAGCUCGAAAUUACUGCCGGUUUGCUGAAGAUACUGUCGUAUGUGCUAAUGAACCGUCCGCUGCCACAGUUUAUCGUUCCCAAGUCCCACUCGGUAGUUUCGCCAGCCUUUUUAAGCACUCUAGAACAGCAACCUCAGCCCCAACCGCUGCAGCAGCAAGUCCACGAUACGGCUACGAUCGUUUUGGCUUUGCAAACGCUUGGUACAUUCAGCUUCGAAGGAUGCAGCUUGCUACAGUUUGUGCAGCGCUGUGCCGAUCACUUCCUUAACAGCGAACAGCAAGAGAUCCGCAUUGAGGCCGUGCACACAUGUACGCUAUUGUUAAAGCUGGCGCUUCAGGCAGCCGACAGUAACGGAAACGACGUGUCUGAAACGCUAACGCAAACGCUUAGCUCGGUGUUGGAGAAAAUUUUAGUCGUCGGCAUCACGGACGUUGAUCCGGCAGUGCGCCUGCGGGUGCUUAAGUCACUGGACGAAAGCUUCGAUACGCAGCUUGCGCAACCGUGGUUUCUUAGCUCGCUGCUGGUUACCAUCCACGAUGAGGUGUUUGAAAUACGCGAGCUUGCGAUCAUCAUUAUUGGCAGACUGUCGACGAUCAAUCCAGCGUACGUAAUGCCAAGCCUUCGUAAAACGAUGGUCCAGCUGCUGACGGAAUUGGAACAUUCGGGCGUUAGUCGCAAUAAGGAGCAGAGCGCGCGAAUGUUGGAUCACCUGAUCGUCAGUACGCCACGGUUGGUAGCAUCUUACAUGCGACCGAUACUGACGAUACUCGUGCCAAAGCUAAAGGAACCAGAUCAGAAUCCGAGCGUCGUGUUGAACGUACUGCGCGCCAUUGGAGAUUUGGCCGAAGUAAUAGGCGGCCAUCAUGUGCUGCAAAAGUGGUCAGACGAGCUGCUGCAGCUUCUGCUCGACAUGCUGAGUGAUGCGGGUUCAACGGAAAAGCGAGCUGUUGCACUGUGGACAUUUGGGCAGCUCGUUAGUGCAACGGGUCAAGUCGUGGUGCCGUAUAAUAAGUAUCCGAACCUGAUCGAUAUACUGAUCAACUUUCUGAAAACCGAACAGCAGCUGUAUGUGCGCCGGGAAACGAUACGCGUGCUGGGACUGCUUGGCGCACUCGAUCCUUACAAGCACAAGAUGAACCGAGGGUUGAUCGAUAGUCAGACGAGUGCAAACAUUCUCAUUUCCGUCGACACGAAAAGUGACGAACCGACGGAUUUGUCCACGUCGGAAAUGCUGAUUAAUAUGAGCACGCAGCUAGACGAGUACUAUCCGGCGGUGGUCAUAUCGACACUGAUGAAAAUUCUGCGUGAUCCAACGCUAUCGAAUCACCAUCUCAGCGUUGUGCAGGCAAUCACGUUCACGUUUACCAGUCUCGGUAUAAAGGGAGUGCCGUACCUCUCGCAGGUGCUACCCUGUCUGCUGCGGAACAUCGUAACAGCCGAGAUGAGCCUUAAGGAGUACCUGUUUCAACAGCUCUCGACGUUGAUAUCGAUCGUGAAGCAACACAUUAUUGGCUUUAUGGAUGAUAUAUUCGAACUGAUAAAGACGUUCUGGACCACCGGUAGCGGUGGUGGUCAGGGCGGUGGUUCACAACCAUCAACAACCUCGGCCGCAUCGUUGCAGCCGACCAUCAUUAAUUUGGUAGAAAAGAUUGCCAUUGCGCUUGGAUGCGAAUUUAAAGUGUAUCUACCUCAGCUAAUGCCGCAAAUAUUGCGCGUUCUGUUGCACGACACCUCGAAGGACCGCGCCGUUACGGUGAAACUGCUCGGUGCGAUGCGCAACUUUGGCAACAAUCUGGACGACUACCUGCACCUGAUAAUACCGGCGAUUGUGAAGCUGUUCGAACCGCUUGACAUUCCGCUAAACGUUUCCAUUACAGCACUGCAAACGAUCAAUUAUCUUGCAGAGGUGCUAGAUUUUACAGACUUUUCUUCCCGCAUCGUACAUCCGCUGGUUCGCGUACUCGACAACUACCCCGAACUAAGACCGGUGGCACUGACGACGCUCUGCUCGAUAAUGAUACAGCUGGGGCGCAAAUAUCUGGUGUUUGUGCCGCUGGUGAAUCGGGUCAUGAUUAAGCACAAGAUACCAUCGGUCGAAUACACGAAGCUGCUGACCAAGCUGCAGAACAACAGUACGCUUGCGAUGGACGACGAGUUCCGCAUACGGCAGGCGAGGAAUCGGAAUCGGGAAAUAUCGCUACCGAGCGAUAGCACGAUCAAAAAGUUCCCCGUAUCGAUGUCCGAUCUGGAGGCAAUGUUUAAAGCGAAUCGGCGCGUCUCCAAGGACGAUUGGUUGGAAUGGUUACGGCGGCUAAGCAUCAUUCUGCUGAAGGAGUCGAAAAACCCGGCGCUACGGUCGUGCGCUACGUUGGCUCAGAACUAUCCGCAACUGCUGAAGGAUCUGUUCAAUGCCGCGUUCGUGUCGUGCUGGUCGGAUCUGUCCGAUAAGUUGAAGCAGGACCUUGCGCACAGUCUUACGCAAGCGCUGAUGGUACAGGACUUGCCGGAAAUUACGCAAACAGUGCUGAAUUUGGCGGAAUUUAUGGAACACUGCGAAAACUAUCCGCUCAAGAUCGAUUCGAAGAUUUUGGGCGAACGAGCGAUGGAAUGUCGUGCGUACGCGAAAGCCCUCCACUACACAGAGGAAGAAUUCCAUCAGACGGAGGAACACCAUCAGUCACUGUUUGAGUCGCUGAUCCUAAUAAACAACAAGCUGCAGCAGAAGGAAGCGGCCGAAGGGUUACUAGAGUAUGCCGGACGCCAUCGUUCCAGUGCCGAGGAGAUGAAGGUGCAGGUGCGAUGGUACGAAAAGCUGCACAGCUGGGAUCAGGCACUGACGCUCUACUCCGAAAAGCUGAAGUCCAACCCGAGCGAUCUGGAGUCCCGGCUCGGUGAGAUGCGUUGUCUGGAAGCGUUGGGUGAAUGGUCCGCGCUAAAUACUGUAACGACGGAAAACUGGGAUACCCUCGGAUCGGAGGGACAAAGCAAGGCGGGCCGGUUAGCGGCUGCUGCCGCCUGGGGUUUGCAGGACUGGGAAGGAAUGCAUCGGUUCGUGCGCUGCAUUCCAGAGGACACACAGGACGGCGCAUUCUAUCGCGCUGUGCUGGCAGUACACAAUGAGCAGUACGAGCUGGCGCAAAGUUUGAUCGAUUCGACGCGCGAUCUGCUCGACACGGAACUGACCGCAAUGGCUGGUGAGUCGUACGAGCGUGCGUACGGUGCGAUGGUGUGCGUGCAGAUGCUGGCUGAACUGGAGGAAGUGAUCCAGUACAAGCUUAUCCCGGAGCGGCGCGAAACGAUCAAGUCAAUGUGGUGGGAUCGACUGCUCGGCGGACAGCGGCUCGUCGAGGACUGGCAGCGCGUAAUACAGGUGCAUUCGUUAGUGCUGUCGCCGAAGGAAGACAUCCGUACGUGGCUGAAGUUUGCCUCGUUGUGCCGCAAGAAUGGUUCGUUGAAGCUGUCGGAAAAGACGCUUGUCAUGCUGCUGGAGUACGAUCCGAUGCAGAAUCUGGGCGAGGCACUGCCGAUUGAUAAACCGCACGUAACGUUCGCCUACACGAAACAUCUACAUAUGGCGGGGUACGUGAAGGAAGCUUACGAUCACCUGAACCGCUUUGUGGCGUCUUUCAGCCCACAGGCAUUCACCGCUAGUAGCGGCGCUGGUGGGCAGGACGAUUUGAAGGAUGAGAACAGACGGCUGUUGGCCCGCUGUUUCCUGAAGCUCGGUUUGUGGCAGAGCAGCUCGACCGGUGGGAAUCUGUUGAAGGAACACCUGGUGAAUGGGAUUCUCGUGUGCUACAGCAGAGCCACGAAGCACGAUCCGAACUGGUACAAGGCGUGGCACAAUUGGGCGUACAUGAACUUUGAAGUAGUGCAGGCAAAGAAGCAGCAAGAAGAAUACACCAAAAAUCCGGGCAGUGCCGCGGAACGGACACUGAUCAAGCAUUACGCUGUGCCGGCUGUGCGAGGUUUCUUCCAGUCGAUCAAUCUCUCGCAGGGCAAUUCGUUGCAGGACACGCUGCGCUUGCUCACCCUUUGGUUUGAUCACGCCCAGUACGAGGAGGUUUACGAAGCGCUGGUCGAAGGGAUGCGAGUAAUCGAUAAAAACACGUGGCUCCAGGUGAUACCACAGCUGAUCGCACGUAUCGACACACCGCGCAACCUGGUCGGGCAGCUGAUCAACUAUCUGCUGACGGAGAUUGGCAAAACGCACCCGCAGGCACUCGUGUAUCCGCUUACGGUCGCGUCAAAGUCGGCACCGGGUACGCGCAAGCAGGCAGCACACAAAAUAUUGAACAACAUGUGUGAACAUUCAAAUACGCUGGUCAACCAGGUGCUGCUGAUCAGCGAGGAGCUGAUUCGAGUGGCCAUUCUUUGGCACGAACAGUGGCACGAAGGGCUGGAGGAAGCGUCUCGGCUGUACUUCGGUGAACAGAAUAUUGAUGGCAUGUUUGCGACACUGGAACCUUUGCACGCGAUGCUACAGCGUGGUCCGCAAACUUUGAAAGAGUCCUCCUUCAAUCAGGCGUAUGGGCGUGAUUUGUCCGAAGCACAGGAGUGGUGUAGAAACUACAAGAGUACUAAAAACGUGCGUGAUUUAAACCAAGCGUGGGAUCUUUACUACCACGUGUUUCGGCGCAUUUCGCGUCAACUGGUGCAGCUUACCUCGCUGGAGCUUCAAUACGUCAGCCCGAAGCUGCUUGCCUGUCGCAACCUGGAACUGGCAGUCCCGGGCAGUUAUACACCCGGUCAACAAUUGAUCUGUAUCGCAAGCAUCGAAACGAACCUGACGAUCAUCAGCUCGAAACAGCGCCCAAGGAAGCUGUGCAUCCGUGGUUCGAAUGGCAAGAACUACAUGUUCCUAUUGAAAGGUCACGAAGAUUUGCGCCAGGAUGAGCGUGUGAUGCAGCUGUUCGGGCUGGUAAACACGCUGCUACUGAACGAUCGCGACACGUUCCGGCGCAACCUAACGAUACAGCGGUAUGCGGUCAUACCGCUGAGCACUAACUCCGGUCUGAUCGGUUGGGUACCGCACUGUGACACACUGCACAAGCUGAUCCGCGACUAUCGCGAUUCGAAGAAACUGAUGCUGAACAUCGAGCACCGGAUCAUGCUGCGUAUGGCACCGGAUUACGAUCACUUGACGGUGAUGCAGAAGGUGGAGGUGUUUGAGCAUGCGCUCGAACAGACGAAGGGUGACGAUUUGGCAAAAUUGCUCUGGCUGAAAAGUCCGUCCUCCGAGCAGUGGUUUGAUCGGCGUACCAACUACAUCCGGUCGCUGGCGGUAAUGUCAAUGGUGGGUUACAUUUUGGGACUGGGCGAUCGCCACCCGUCGAACUUGAUGUUGGAUCGGCUGAGUGGCAAAAUUCUUCAUAUUGAUUUCGGCGAUUGUUUUGAGGUUGCUAUGACGCGAGAGAAAUUCCCGGAGAAGAUUCCUUUCCGAUUGACGCGAAUGCUAAUCAACGCAAUGGAGGUGACCGGGAUCGAAGGAACGUAUCGGCGCACUUGUGAAAGCGUUAUGCACGUGUUGCGACGCAACAAAGACAGUCUGAUGGCGGUGCUUGAAGCAUUCGUGUACGAUCCGCUGCUUAAUUGGCGUCUGCUGGAUUCGGACCGGUUGCGUCGUUCAAAGAAUGCGGGCGAAAUGGACAGUGGAUCGGAGAGCAUACACGAGGAUUCGCUUCUUAGCUAUAGCGCCCGAAGAGACGCACGUUUAAACGAGCUAAAUGCAGGAACUACUGGAGCAACGGGGGCGGGUGGGGUUGGUCAAGCAUCAGCCAUGGUGAACGUUGCUUCCGGCAGUGGAGCUGCUGCCAUUCCUGCCAUUCCUAGCGCAUCUGGCAAAGCUGUUCCUGCCGGUGGUGAUGCCCCGGAUGGUAAUUUCCCGGCGCUACAAAAUCCAGUCGAUGUAACGAACAAGAAAGCACGUGCGAUUGUGGACCGCGUGAAGGACAAAUUGACCGGCAAGGAUUUUGGCAAAGCAGAACCAGUAGCCGUCAACCGGCAGAUUGAUUUGUUGAUUCAACAAGCCACGAGCAACGAAAAUCUCUGCCAGUGCUACAUAGGAUGGUGUCCAUUCUGGUAAACGGGUCCCGGAAACUGGCAAAAAAGCGUUUUCUCCAUCUCUUAGUUGAUAUAUUAUAUCCUACGUGUGUUUUUGUAUAUGUAUGUGUCGAAAAUGCUUGUAAAGCUUUUAUACAGCAGCUGGACACAAUCACCACGUAAUUUUUAAUCUUGUUUAUGUAAAUAUUUCUGUUUGAUGAUAUUCUUUCGUAUCGUAAUUUAGCAACGCAACCACGUCUUGUACUUUCGACCUUACGCUUGUUACCCAUUUUCGUUGAAAGAUAAUUUUGUUGAACUAUAUAGUUACUACAAUAGAAACACCGGGAAUGGUAAAACACUAUGCUAAAAGUAACAAACUAAUUAAGAAGAAGAAAUAGAAAGGCGUUAAUACGCAAAUCACA